UAUAAAAUUACAAACCUAGGUGUGGCGCCAUCGCUCUGUUGAACUCUGUAAUUCAUGGUGAAGCUUCCCGUGAACCAACAACAAUGGCGAUCAGACCAUUCUUCUCCGUUGCCAGGGCUAUACAACUGCUCUUCCAAUCUCCUCGCUUCCAUUCAAAUCUUCGUCAAACCCACAACCCCAAGGACCAUCUUCUUCUAUCUCCUCCGUCAUUUGGCCAUUACUGCACAACCCGCCACCUAUCAUCUCAACCCCUCCCCAACCCACAAUCCGGCUCCGAUCACCCACCCCCUUCGCCAGAACUCGUCAACGAACUCGCUCGCGUACUCAGCGACUUCCGAAACCCCCGCCACGACCUCGACUCCGCCCUGAAUCCCUUCGCUCCCUGUAUAUCCUCCGAUUUGGUUGAGCAAAUCCUGAAGCGCUGCAAAAAUCUCGGCUUCUCCGCUCACCGGUUCUUCCACUGGGCUCAGCGUUUGCCGGGUUUUCACCACAGUGAGGAGAGCCAUCGCAUUCUCGUUGAUAUAUUAGGAAGCAGCAAGCAGUUCCCCUUGGUCUGGGAUUUUCUUGCGGAGAUGAGAGAGACUCGUUGUUGCCGGAUAAGCCCGGAGAUUUUCUGGCUCAUUUUCCGGGCUUACAGUCGAGCCAAUUUACCCGCGGAUGCAAUUCGGGCUUUUAACAAAAUGGUUGAUUUUGGCUUUCAACCUGGCGGUGAUGACAUUGACCACUUGUUGUAUGCCCUGUGUAAAAGGAAGCACGUGAAGGAUGCUCAGCAAUUCUUUGACAGAGUAAAGUUUGAGAUGGUGCCAAGUGCAAAGACAUACAGUAUUCUUAUUGGAGGUUGGGGUGAAAUUGGUGAAUCUGCUGAGGUCUGUAAACUGUUCGAUGAAAUGCUUGAACGAGGGUGUUCAGUGGAUUUGCUUGCUUAUAAUUGUGUGUUGCAGUCUUUGUGUAAAGGGGGAAAUGUCCAAGAAGCCUAUAGGUUAUUUCGUGAGAUGAGGUCGAAGGGACUUGAACCAGAUGCCUUUACUUACUCAAUCUUCAUUCAUGCUUCUUGCGAGGCAAAUGAUGUUCAUUCAGCCUUCCGGGUACUUGACAGAAUGAAAAGAUAUGAUCUUGUGCCAAAUGUAUAUACUUUCAACUGUAUUAUCAAGAGACUGUGUAAGAACGAUAAGGUGGAAGAGGCUUACAAAAUCUUAGAUGAGAUGAUAAGUAGAGGGGUGACACCAGAUGUAUGGAGUUAUAAUGCAAUCCUGGCUUCCCAUUGCGAUCAUAAUGAAGUUAACAAGGCUCUCAGGCUGAUAUCAAGGAUGGGCCAAGAUUCGUGUCUGCCAGAUCGGCAUACAUAUAAUAUGGUGCUUAAAAUGCUAAUUAAGGUGGGUAGAUUUGACAGAGUCGCAAAAGUUUGGGAGAGGAUGGAAGAAAGUAGAUUUUAUCCUUCAGUCUCAACCUAUGCUGUGAUGGUUCAUGGCCUCUGUAAGAAGAAAGGGAAACUGGAGGAUGCAUGUAGAUACUUUGAAAUGAUGAUUGACGAAGGAAUACCACCAUAUUCUUCUACAUGUGAAUUGUUGAGGAACCGACUGAUAGGCUUAGGAUUUUCAGAGAAGACACAGAUUCUUGCAGAUAAGAUGGAAAGAAGCACUUCUCGAUCUGUGCAAGAGCUGUAUAAGAUUAUGAGAGGUGGUAGGGAGAAUGCAAGAUUACAAAGUGAAAAAGAAAGCUCAGAUGAGAGUGAUGGGUAAUUGACUAUUAAGGCUCUAUUAUUAUUGUUCCAAGAGUUUAUUGUUGCAUGACUUGAGGCCUUGAAAUUAGAUUCCAGCCACAUUAAUUGGGCAUGUUUAGUAAGAUUCUGAUAUUGAUGUGCUGAAAUUUCAUUAUUUUGGAAAUAUAAGGAUGUUUCUAAUAAACUUGAAGCAGCAGAAUUGGGAAAAGUUGUGUGGUUCCAACAAUUAAAUCUUGCUGAAGCAAGUUCUGCUGUUGGCAUUGGUAUGUUGGUUCAGUUUGCAUAUCAAGAUAUGGGAGUGUGGUAGGACCCUAGCUUUGCCUCGCUGCCUUUAAUUCACAUGUUCAAUUUGAUGGUUUUCUGCUC